AUGUAUCAUGAUGGUUUAGCAAGCCGGGAAGUUUUCAUAAUUGCUGUUUUUCGACUUCCUCAUGUUCAGGUGCAGCUACGACAGCAGCCGACCUCGAGACAUGCAGCUAUGAGUAUGGUUCCUGGUUCAUAUCAAGCUGCGGCUGCCGAAGGUCAUAGAGACUACCUAGCUUCGUUUACGCGCGGAGGCACUUCAUCGACAGUUACCUCGGGAACACGAAAAUCAAGUGAUCCAAAAGGCCGUGUACCGAUUAAUCUAGGCGUUCGGGCAGCUGGACAGCGAGCAGAUGGGUCCUCAUCAGCUCGCGCACCGCAUCCUACUACAACCGGCAUUUCUGCUACCUAUCAGAUGCCAGCGUCUGCUUCUCUUGUAGGAAAAUUACCUGUGAACACGAACAAUUCGACUAUCGGUUCCAAUGCUCCCACUCAGUUGAAGACACCGGCUGCAAUAGCUCAGAUUCCGAUUCCUUUGCAAAAGUCUGGAUCGCAAAUUUCGCACGCUCCAACAGAGCCAGUCAUCAAAGAAGACGAAGAUGAGAGCAGUGAAUCGUCCGGUGGGGGAGCGAAUGGAGUCACCACGAUAACUCAUUUGCCGAUCAUUGGAGGCACUCCUGCAGCACAGAGCCCACUUCCACCUGCCGAAGAUGCGCCACUUGAGAUGAAGACGUCGGUAUCCGUUACUCCUGAAAGAGAGCUCAAGUAA